AUGAUGAGCGCCCACACAUUCGGCCAAACUACAGAAAACCAUCACAUUCCCCACACGAAGCUGCGGAUGUCGAGACAUGAAGUAGACGAUCGGGAUUGGCUGGAGCUGGCACAGUCGACCAAGGUGAAGGACCUGCUCGCCGCUAAGCCUAAGCAAGCUUUGCGUGGUCUUCCCAUCCUCGUUGACAGGAGCGCCACCAUCGAGGAGACGUUGCAGCUCCUCAAGGACAAUAACAUCCUGUCGGUGCCCGUCGUGGACAUGAGCGGGUGUCACAAGGGCCGCAAGGUCGACUUGGACACGUUCGAUGGCUUUGUCGACGUGUUGGACAUCCUGGACUACCUCCUCUGGCACAUGAGGAGGGAGGACGCCAAGGAGUUUUUCAGGACCUCCAUAACCGAAGUUGUCCGGUUUGCCACGGGCAGCCAUUCGAUCAUCGUGCGCAGGCGCGAUACCAUCACCGCCGUCGUGCUUGCGCUCAGAGCGCCUCUACCGCGAACCGUGCCGCAUCGCGUGGCUGUACUGGAUGACGAGGAUCGUGUAGCUGAUGUGCUCACUCAGUCCGACUUGAUCUCCUUCUUUGCACGCCACUCGGCGCGCUUCCCAAGCCUGUCUAAGGGGACACUCAAGGAGCUGGGCCUGAUGCAGCCCUGCGUCACGGUUCACUCCAAGACUUCGUUCACGGAUGCCCUCCGGCUGCUGCAUGACAACAGAGUGAGCGGGAUCGCCAUCGUGGACGACAACUGGGUCCUGUGCGGCUGCUUCUCCGCUUCUGACCUGAGAGGCAUCACAGUGGAAUCGUUUUACCGCUUCAACACUACAGUGCUCGACUUUGUGCAAGAAGUGGUCAAGACCGUACGUGAGCUGGUCGAAAAAUCGCAUCUUGAUCUGCACUAA